AUUGGCUGGCCGGGGAAUUCUGGGAGUUGAAGUCCCUUCCCCAGCCCUCUAAUCUCCUUUUUCGUCUCCAGCAACUGCAUUCGAGUGUCCGAACGGGCAACCUGGAAACCUGUUUGCGCCUUCUCUCCUUGGGGGCCCAAGCCAACUUCUUCCACCCGGAGAAGGGGACCACGCCUUUGCACGUGGCUGCCAAAGCCGGUCAGGUGCUCCAGGCGGAGCUGCUGGUGGUGUAUGGAGCUGAUCCAGGCGCUCCCGACGUAAACGGUCGGACACCCAUCGAUUACGCCAGACAGGCUUCCCAACAUGAACUGGCCGAGCGACUGGUGGAGUGCCAGUAUGAGCUGACCGACCGACUGGCCUUCUACCUUUGUGGACGCAAGCCAGAUCACAAGAACGGGCAUUACAUCAUUCCCCAGAUGGCAGACAGAGUGCGCCCCAAAUGCAUGUCGCAAAGCUUAGACCUUUCGGAGUUGGCCAAGGCAGCGAAGAAGAAGUUGCAGGCGCUGAGCAACCACCUGUUUGAAGAGCUGGCGAUGGACGUUUACGACGAAGUGGAUCGCCGUGAAAACGACGCCGUCUGGCUCACCACGCAGAACCACAGCACCCUGGUGACGGAGCGCAGUGCGGUGCCCUUUCUGCCAGUGAACCCCGAAUAUUCAGCUACACGGAAUCAGGGCCGACAGAAGCUGGCCCGCUUCAACGCCCGGGAGUUUGCCACCCUGAUCAUCGACAUCCUGAGCGAGGCCAAGCGACGCCAGCAGGGCAAGGGCCUGACCAGCCCCACGGAGGCCCUCGACGCCUCCGUGCAUGGCCCCAGCGACUUUGACGACCAGCACGACUACGACAGCGUGGCCUCCGACGACGACGCGGAGCAGGAGCCCCUGCGGAGCGCGAACGCUGGGCGCAACAACCGUGCUCGGAGCAUGGACUCCUCCGACCUGUCGGAUGGGGCCAUCACCCUGCAGGAGUACCUGGAGGUGAAGAAGGCCCUGGCCGUGUCCGAAGCCAAAGUCCAGCAACUCAUGAAGGUGAACAACAGCCUGAGUGAUGAGUUGCGGCGGUUGCAGAGAGAGAUUCACAAGCUGCAGUCGGAGAACCUGCAGAUCCGUCAGCAGGCGGGGCCCGUCCACCCGGCGGCCCCCACCCCCAGCGAGCGCCCCGAGCACAGCCACCUCCCCUCCGCCCCAGCAGGAGCCCUCCGCCGCGACCGUCACGCCUUCUCCAUGUAUGAACCGGGCGCGAGCACGCUCAAGCCCUUCAGCCAACCGCCCAUGGACGACCUGGUCAGCCGCCUGCAGCCCUUCCACCCGGGGGAGUCGGAGGAAGACGGCCUGUAUUCCAUGCACAGCCAGCCCAACAUUUACCGAAUCCGGAAGGGGGGCUCCAUUUCGGCCAUGCCGUUCCCCCCCUCGUCCUCUGCGCUGGUGGUGGGUCCGCCGGAGGGGAGUGGGCGCCACCUGAGUGGGAAACUCGACCGGCACGGCAGCGGCACCGACAGCGACUACGACAACACGCAGGGGGGCGACCUGCCCCUCAGCAUGGACGGGAAACGUUUCCUGGAUCUGGGCAAGGAGGAGGAUUUGCACCUGGAGCCCGAGGUGCUGGAAGGCGACCUGGACGGGGGUCUGCCCAGCACGGAGGACGUCAUCCUGAAGACCGAGCAGGUCACGAAGAACAUCCAAGAGCUUCUGAGGGCCGCCCAGGAGUUCAAACAUGACAGCAGCUUCGUCCCCUGUUCGGAGAAAAUCCACACGGCGGUGACAGAAAUGGCCUCGCUCUUCCCCAAGAAACCGGCCCUGGAGACGGUGCGCAGCUCCCUGCGUCUCCUCAACGCCAGCGCCUACCGGCUGCAGAGCGAAUGCCGCAAGACGGUGCCACUCGAACCCGGGGCGCCGGUGGACUACCAGCUCCUGACCCAGCAGGUCAUCCAGUGCGCUUACGACAUCGCCAAGGCCGCCAAGCAGCUGGUCACCAUCACCACCCGGGAGAAGAAGCAGUGAAGGGGGGGGAGGGUCCCCUUCCUCGCUCUCUUCCCCCCCCCCACUCCGGCCAGUGACGCACUGAUAUGAGCAAGAGGGGGU